AUGGAACGUGGGGAAAGCUCUGAGCAAAACACAAAGACCAACACAAGAUCAAGCCUUGCCAUGACGAUUGAGGAGGAGACUGAAAACUCCAAAGGAAACAAUGGCGACACCUCCUCUAGGCGUCCCAUGAAUGAACAAGACCAAUUCAUGCCCAUUGCCAACGUCAUUCGAAUCAUGCGCCGCCUCCUUCCGCCACAUGCCAAGAUCGCCGACGACGCCAAAGAAACCAUCCAGCAAUGCGUCUCCGAGUACAUCUCCUUCAUCACCGCCGAGGCCAAUGACCGGUGCCGCCGUGAGCAGCGCAAGACAAUCACCGCUGAGGACGUGCUAUGGGCAAUGAGCAAGCUUGGGUUCGACAAUUACAUGCAGCCUCUCACUCUCUACCUGAACAGGUACCGGCAAUAUGAGUCCGAGCGCACGUCAGUUCGUGGUGAGCCUUUUGUCAAACGGACAGUGGACUAUGCUCAGGGAUCAUCGUUUCCGGUGCCGUCUCCGGCAUAUGCUCCGGUGCUUCCUCAUGGGCCUGGGCCUGGCCAUGGCCAUCCACAAGGUUUGUUUAACCCAGCUGCAAUGGUGAAUGAGUUCUAUAGGAAUGCUCAGCGGGGUCUACCAGGUGGGAGCUCCUCAAAUGUGCAUGGUUUGCCGAGCUUCGAUCCUUAUGGGCAGUUCAAGUGA